GUACCUAACUGCAAAAAUAGUUGAUGGAGAGACUUAUAAUAUAUUAUGCCCAGCAUAUCAGUGUCCUCAUAUGGUUCCUGUUGAUGUAAUAGAAAAGCUAGUGUCAACUGAUAUGGUGAAAAGAUAUCUUCAGUUUGAUAUUAAGGCAUUUGUUGAAAGUAAUCCCACAAUGAAAUGGUGUCCACAUCCUGGUUGUGCCAGAGCUGUGAAAAUGCCUGAAUUUGAAAAAAUAAACGAUGAAAUUAUGGCAAUAUCAUUUACUGUGCCUCCAUCUUUAUCUCAUUCAGUUGAUUGUGGGAAUGGACAUUAUUUUUGUUGGGAGUGUUUAGGUGAGGCACAUGCUCCCUGUGGCUGUGAAAAAUGGCGAGAGUGGCAUAAUAAAAUAGCUGAAAUUAAACCUCAGGAAUUAAAAAAUACAUACGCAGAAACUGAAGAAGCUGAAAAUUGCCUAUGGAUGGUGACAAAUUCUAAGCCGUGCCCAAACUGCAAGUGUCCAAUCCAGAAAAAUGAAGGUUGUAAUCAUAUGAAAUGUUACAAGUGCAAAUAUGAAUAUUGCUGGAUUUGCCUUGAAUCUUGGAAGAAGCACAGUCCGACAACAGGUGGUUACUUUCGUUGUAAUCGGCACGAUGCUGUCAAAAGGGCUGAGGUGAAAGCAGAAUCAUUAAUUAAUGAAGCAGAAGAACAUAAUAAACAUAUGCAGGAAUUGAAGAGAUUUUUACAGUAUUAUACAAGAUUUAAAAACCAUGAAAAUAGCUACAAAUUUGAAGAGCCAUUUAUAAAAUCCAUCCAAGAAAAAAUCAAUAUUUUAACUACAGCUGUGUUUUCUUAUUCUGUGACUAAUGUUAAUAUGUCCUUUUUACAAGAUGCUAUUUAUGAACUUUUAAGAGCUCGACGUAUUUUAUGUGGUGCUUAUGUAUAUGGCUAUUACUUAGAAGAUAAUGGCUAUAACAAAACUAUAUUUGAAUAUUUACAGAGUGACUUAGAAGAAGCAACGGAGAAACUUUCAGAUGCUGUAGCUCGCACAUAUUUACAAACUCCACAAAGUAAAAUUGUACAGAUGAUAUCGCAUGUAAAAAGAAAAAGACUUGAUCUCCUUACUGCUGUCCACAAAGGUUUAAUACCACCAGAAACUCCUCCAAGCAUGAGAAAAUCACGUAAACGACGAUUACCAGGAUUGAUGGGAAUGGAUCCAGUUGAUGAUCCUUUAUUAUCCCAGGCUAUUUUAGAAUCUUUAGAAAGUAUUGACCCAAAUGAUCCGUGGGUUGUAGAUCAUCAAGGAAAACAUACUAAUAUUGCUGCUGUCUGUGAUUGGCCUGAUUAUGAUAGUGAAGAAGAAGGUUAUACUAAUCCUCUAUUAACAUCUCUUCUAGGUAAUUAUGUUAUAUUAAAUUAAAAAUUUUCUUUUAGU